GUGUGUGUGUCUGCGUGUGUGUGUGUGUGUGUGUCUGCGUGUGUGUGUGUGUGUGUGUGUGUGUGUGUAGAUGUGUGUGUGUGUGUGUGUGUGUGUGUAGAUGUGUGUGUGUGUGUCUGCGUGUGUGUGUGUGUGUGUCUGCGUGUGUCUGUGUCUGCGUGUGUGUGUGUGUCUGCGUGUGUGUGUGUGGGUGUGUGUGUGUGUGUGUGUGUGUGUGUGUGUGUGUGUGUGUGUGUGUGUGUGCAGCUCUCGUCUUGUUCACAGUGAAUCUCGUGAUCGUUGCUUUAACUCUUGGCGCCUCAGGGAGCCACUUCCUGUCCUCCACUUCCUGUUGAUCUGGGAUUAACGUGGCUGAUGUUCUGGAACAUGAAGUUCUGCUCGGAGCCAGACAGUCUGACCCGGUUCCUACAAAAAUCACAGUUAUGACAGAAAUGCUGUUGUGUGGCGGUCACCCAGAGCAGCAGGAAUGCAGAGGGCGGCUCUGCUCUUCAUCACCUGUCUGGUCUUUAGCAGCCACACCCUCCUCUUCCUCUUCUUCUUCUUAUUAACAACUUGGAUGAACUGAAAAUGAGCUGCAAGAAAUAAAUUCCAAAUCUACAAGUUUUCUUCUCAGAUCGAUGGCUUCCAGGCAGAGCUCAGGCCCCGCCCCCUGCCAGGUGAGGGCGGGGCUUCACGCCUAUAAAGCGCCGCUCACCUGUCGGGACGCAGACGGCGUCUUGUUUCUGUUUUCUUCUCCAGUUUGGCUCCAGGUGCGUUCAGUUCAGGACGUUCAGGUGCAGCAGCAGGGAACUCUGGGAAUUGUCCAGGAUGGCGUGGCGGAGGCCAGCGGUGCUCCUCUUCACCAUCUGGAGCUGCUGCUGUGCUCAGAGGAUCCUCUGGGUCUCCCCCCACACAGGAAGCACGGCGGGAGCAACGCGGCUCACCAUCAGCGGAGACGGUUUUGCUCAGGAGCAUCAGGUCCAGCUGGAUCCUGAAGACGGGUUCGGGAACCGGGUCACCCUGGUGUCGGACGCCCUGUCGGUGCCCUGCGACGUGGAGAGAGACUCCACCCACCGGCAGCAGAUCCUCUGCUACACCAGGGCGAUGCCGGCGGAUCAAUACGUGGUCCAUGUCAGCGUGGACGGCGUUCCCGUUCCCGACAGCAACAUCUGCAACGGCAACUACAAACCGUACCACUGCAGUUUCUACACCCGUUGGUGGCGCACUCCGACCAUCUACUCCCUGAGCCCGGUCACCGGCCUGCCAGGAACGCUGGUGACGAUCCGAGGCCAGAUCUACUCCGACGUUUACGGGAGCAACACGGACCUGAGCUCCAGCGGCCUCAACGUCAGGUUCCUGAGGUCCUACAUGGGGGGCAUGCCCUGCGAGCUGCUGAAGCCCAACUCAGAUGAACUGUACAACCUGCAGCUGGACUCUGAGACGUCAAACUGGGGCGACAUGAGCUGCAGGAUGACCGGCACCUACGUUGGUCAUCACAACAUGAGCUACAUCCUGGAUGCUGAUUAUGGAAGGAGUUUCCCAGAGAAGAAGCUCUUCUGGGUUUCAUCUCUGUCCAAACUCUCCAUGUUCCAGACGUUUGCAGAGGUGACCGCCGUCUCCCCGUCCCGGGGCAGCGCCAUGGGGGGAACCCUGCUCACCAUCCACGGCCGCUUCUUCGACCAGACCGAUGAACCCGCCCGGGUUCUAGUCGGAGGUCGGCCUUGUGAGGUCCACAGCGUGGCAGACGACAGGAUCACCUGCAGGACGGCCGCGCGGCCGGCCGACGCCCAGCGCCAGGUUCACCCAGGUGGGCGGGGCCUGAAGAUGGACGUGUGGAGCGAGAAGCGUCCGCGCUCCUUGGACGAGAUCUGGAGCUACAACCAGAACACGAGCGGCUAUCGGUCCCAGUGGGUCGACGCGCUGCCGCACGUCUUCCCCAGGGAAGACGAGCUGUUCGCCUCUCGGACCAGAGGCUUCCUCGUUCCUCCGCUCAGCGGGAACUUCAACAUAUACCUGCACUGUGACGACAGGUGUGACCUGUACCUGAGCAACUCCAGCCGGCCAGAAGACAAGGUCAAAGUGGCUUUCCAGCCCAGAUAUGUCAGGGACUUCUUCCAGCUGGAGUCCCAGAAAUCCGAAGUGCUUUUCUUGGAGAAAGGAAAACCGUACUACCUGGAGCUUCUGCAGCAGGAAUAUUACGGCGGCGCUUCGCUCAACAUCGGCCUGUUCCAGGAGGAAAGUUCCUUCACUGCAGCGCAGUCCGACGACGCCGUCGAUGAAAUCCAGAACAUCGUCGCUGAAUAUGAAGCGUUUGACGAGGAGCAGGUGCUGACCUUUGACUCAUGGUCCUCUGGGGUCGCAGCCGUCAGGGAGGUGCAGAAGGUCAGCGUCAGCAGCGGCUGUGCCAGCCAUCUAUGUGGAAGCACCUUCUUCAGCCUGCGCUACGGGAACGCCCAGACCGGACCCGUCCCUGUCAGCGCCUCAGCGGAGGAGCUACAGGCGGCUCUGAACAACCUGUGGUCCAUCAAGCCUGACAGCGUCAAUGUCACCAAGCAGGAGGACGGCCAGGGGUCUCACUACACCCUCACCUUCAACUCUGACAGAGGUGACUUUGCCCCUCUGAACUUUGAGGUCUUUGGCUCAGACACCAACAUCUCCGUCUCAGAGGUCACCAAGGGUCAAAGCAACAUGGCGGCCUUCACUCUGAGUUGGGCUGGGCUUCCUGCGGCACCCGUCGCCUUCAACGCCACUGCGUCUGAGGUCCAGUCCGUCCUGGAGGACCUGAUGAAGGCUGACUGUCCCGCCGAGGUUCUGACCACUCAGGGCUCCAACGUCAAGUACUUCAACGACUUUGAGGACCCUGAGUUCACCGCCGCUCAGAGUGGGACUCCUGAGGGCCACUCCGGGUUCUGCGGGUUCUGGUCACUGAAGAACGCCGACGCUCUGUUCAGGGAAACCUUCACCAAAGAGUCCGGAGGACAGUAUGGACCGGUGUCCCUGGACCAGCAUCCCGCUCUCUGCUUUGCCUAUAAGGGACGUCUGAGGGACGAGAUGGGGGUGAAGUUCAGCUACAGCGACAGCAGCGGUCAGACCCAGACCCAGACCUCCAGGAUCAGCACCGUGUUCAGCAGGGGGGACAGGUGGAGAUAUAAGUGCGUCGAUCUUCAGAGCGCCCUUCAGACUGCCGUGGUCGGCAGCAGGUUCCUCCUGCAGGAGCUGCUUCUCUACAGAGACUCCUCCGCCACAGACUACUACGUGGAUGCAGUUCGUAUUGGGAAGACUCCGACUGCCAUGGACGAGAACGCUGUUCUCCUCAGAAGAAGACCUCCUCCCUUCGAGGAUUCUGGGAAGUCCGUCCAAUCGUUCUCUGUCACCAAACACCAACCCACCGCUUCUCAGGUCACCUACAGGAUCGUUGCUACGCCGCUGGACUGCGCCUUCGACUUCCCUCUGAUGGCAGUCAGUUUCAUGCAGAUGUCCAACAGCAGUGAGGACGUCGCCGAGUUCGUUUCCGGAGACGCCACAGUCACCGUGGUCCGGCCCCGCAGAGCCACGCCCCCUCUGAGCGGCACCUUUGAUGUUGAGAUGUACAGCAGCCGGGCAGAAGGGCUCCCUGUGAACAUCAGCGCGGAGGAUCUGAAGUUCGCCCUGCAGGGCGUCCCUGGGGUGGGCCAGGUGAAGGUGGAGGACCUGGGCACCUGCAGGCUUCCCAAGUGGAGGGUCACCUGGCUCAGCAGGCCUGGAUCCCAGCCGCUCAUGAAGGUCGACGACUCGGCAGUCAUCGGGAACAACGUGAGCUUUGUGGUCCAGGAGAAGGCGAAGGGCGGGCUGCUGACCCGGGGCUUGACCGGGGACUUCUUCCGGGUUUUGGAAGCAGAGCCGCAGGUGGAGGUCUACAUCAACGGCAUUCCCUCCAACUGCUCCGGACGCUGCAGCUUCCGCUGGUCGGAGGAGGAGACGCCGGUGGUGACGGGGAUCAGCCCGACUCAAGGAUCCGACGGACUGGGAACGCUGAUCACUAUCACUGGGACGGGAUUCAGCUGGGAAAAUGCUUCCAUCGUGGUGGGAAGCUCCAGGUGUGUCGUGGAAGAGGUCACAGCUUCCUCUCAGGUGUGCAGAGUGGGCGGAGCCAGCGCAGGAAGCUACCCACUGUCUGUUAACUUCCCAUCUGUGGGCGACGCGCGCUUCGCCGCCGACCGCGUCCUCUACUUCACCCAGCAGCUCGUCGUGUCUUCGCUCUCGCCGACCUCUGGAGGCACUGCAGGAGGCACCCUGCUGACGGUGAGCGGCUUCGGCCUCGGACGUGUCGCCACGGUAACGGUGGGCGGCGAGGACUGCGAGGUCGUCCGGGCGACCGACACCGAGCUGACCUGCAGAACCCCGGCGGGACCUGCGGGGUCACGGGCUGUCAUGGUAACGGUGGGAAACAUGACCCAGACCGCGAACGCCACCUUCACCUACGAUGACGACCUCACAGCUCAAAUCUGGAGCCUGAGUCCUCAGACCGCCGUUGUGACAGGAGAUCAGCUUCUCACUAUCCGGGGUUCAAAUCUUGGAGGCGGGAGCAACGACAGCGCUGUGUUUGUUGGAGCGAAAGAGUGUGCCAUCACCCAGUGGAGCGAGACGGAAAUAAGCUGCCACCUGCCUGUGCUGCCCCCUGCUGUCUACCGGGUGGAGGUGCAGGUGGGGAACAGAGGGUUCCCCCGGGCCAGCGUCAACACCAGCAUCGAAUACAUCCUGGAAGUUUACAGCGUUUCCCCACCGACCGGCUCUUUGAUGGGAGGAACCAUGCUGACGGUUUCUGGUUCCGGUUUCGGCAACAACACGGCUAACGUCCAGGUUUCUGUUGGAAGCAGAGCCUGUGAGGUGGCGUCCGCCUCGGAGAACCAGCUGCUCUGCACCGUUCAGUCAGAGGAGAAGACGCACGUCGUCACCAACCAGGGCUCCCACCUCAUUUAUGGACCCGGAUACGCUUGGAGCCCGUCUUCGCUGCGAGUGUUUGUUGGCGACACAGUGAGGUGGCGGUGGGAGGCGCCGGCCUUCCAGAGCGUCGGGUUCCGAGUCUUCAGCGUUUCCAGUCCCAGCGGCUCCCAGUAUGAAGGAGGAGCUCUGAACAGCGGCGAGGCCCGAACUGCUGAAGGGAUCUUCAGCUACCGUUUCACCGUCCCCGGAACGUACUACUACAGCAGCGGCUACGUCAGCGCCUCCAUCCUGAUGCAGGGCGUCGUGAAGGUCCUGAGUCGGGAGGACGAGAUCGCCGACGUCUCCGUCAGAGUGGGAGGCGUUCUGGCCAGAUAUCUGCCAGAAGGUUCACCCAGAGUCUCCAGAUCAGCAGCAGACUGCGUGGCGUCCACACGCUGCCUACCAGCCAAUCAGACUUCAGACGGUCCUUCCUUCAGCUUCUCCGCCUGCUCCACCCCCACCGUCCGCUCCAUCUCCCCCAACCAGGGCUCCUACCACCAGCUGAUCCACAUCCAGGGACAAGGCUUCAGUGACGUCACCUGCGCUAACGAGGUGACGGUUGGCAGUGAGCCGUGUCAUGUGACCAACAGCUCCUGGUCCGGAAUCAGCUGCCGGCUCGGCUCCGGCUCAGAGCUUCCCGUCGGCGUCGCUCUGCCCGUCUCCGUCAGAGUCAACAACAUGGGCGCCGCCAUCGUCGCCAUCUCUGAUGAGCUGAAGCGUCGCUUCGUGGUCCUGCCGGUGGUCGAUUCGGUGGCGCCCCCUGUUGGCAGCACCACCGGCUACACCCGGCUCCAGAUCGGUGGCUCAGGGUUCUCAAAAGGCGGCGUGACGGUGGCGGGCGUGUCCUGCACCUUCGUGGCGCUGAACUACACCCACAUCCUGUGCGACACGGCGCCGUCGCCGCAGCGCUCCGGGGACGUGGUGUUCCACCUGGGCCAGAUCCAGAGCUCCUGCUCCUCCCUCUGCUCCUUCCGGUUCUCCUCCGCCGUCACCCCCAGCAUCAGCGGCGUCUCGCCCAGCAGCAUCAGCGGCCCGACCGACGUCCUGGUCUCCGGCUCCGGCUUUGGCAGCAUCGUGGACGACGUGUCGGUCCUGGUGGGCUCCACGCCUCUGCGGCCGGCGGCAGUGAGCGACGGGAACGCGACGGUGCGGGUCGGCGCGCUGCCGGCAGGAGACCACCCGGUCCGGCUGCUGGUGAGGAGCAGAGGCCUGGCGUCCGGCCAGCCGACCCUCAGCAGCCGCCCGCUGGCCGCGCUGCGGCCCGGCGCCGGAAGCCUCGCCGGGGGGACGCCGCUCGUCCUCACCGGGAACGGCUUUGCUCCGGGGAACACCAGCGUGACGGUGGGCGGGAAACCCUGCAGCAUCCAGGACCAGACUCCAGACACGCUGCUCUGCCUCAGCCCCGCUCACCCCGAGGGUCCGGCCGCCGUCAGCGUCCAGGUGUUCGCCGUCACCUUCCCUCCGCUCAGCUUCAACUACUCUGCAGCCCAGACCCCGGUCCUCAGCGCCAUCAGCCCCCACACCGGGCCGAGCGGCGCCGUCAUCACGCUCGGCGGAUCGGGCUUCGGUUCUGACUCCGAGCUCGUCUCCGUCACCAUCAACGGCGUUUCCUGCAACGUGUCGGCCGUCUCCGACUCUCAGCUCCGCUGCACGACGGGAAGCAACCCGGGCGGCACCUAUCCGGUCGUCCUGCAUCAUGGGGUCAAAGGUCGCGCCCAGUCGGCAGUGGAGUUCACUUACGAGCUGACGCUCAGCGGCGUGCGGCCCAACGAAGGGAGCUUCGGCGGCGGCGCUCUGCUCUCCGUCUUCGGUUCCGGGUUCGAUCCGAUCGGCUCCAGAGUUCUGAUCUGUGACCGGGACUGUCCCGUCCUCAGAGGAGCGUCCUCGUCCUCCCGCCUCUUCUGCCUGUCUCCGCCCAACGACGGCUCCGACUCGGCGGUCGCCUGCCGUGUUUCCGUCCUCAACCUGCUGGACGCCGUCAACGUCUCUCAGGGCUUCACCUACAGGGACGCCCUGACGCCCGUCGUCACCCAGGUGUCUCCGCGGCGAGGAGGGACGGCCGGCGGCACGCGGCUCACCAUCAGCGGCUCGGGCUUCAGCUCCAGGUUGGACGGCGUCAACGUGACGAUCGGCGGCUCGCCGUGCGACGUUCGAUCCUCCAACAUGACUCACAUCGUCUGCGUGACGAGCGCCCAGCAGCGCUCUCAGGAGACACAGGUCAGGGUCAGCAUCGGAGACCGCGGCGUCGCCAAGAUGGACGCGGUCAACUUCCUGUAUGUGGACGUUUGGUCGUCCCGGUUCACCUGGGGGGGCCUGCCCCCCCCUGAGCGCGGCUCGUUGGUGGUCAUCGCUAAAGGUCAGACGGUGCUGCUGGACACCAGCACGCCGGUGCUGAAGAUGCUCCUCAUCCAGGGAGGAACGCUGAUGUUUGACGAGGCCGACCUGGAGCUGCAGGCGGAGAACAUCCUCAUCACAGACGGAGGGCGGCUUCGGAUUGGCCAGCAGGGGGCGCCCUUCCAGCACAAGGCCAUUAUCACACUCCAUGGCCACCUGCGCUCUCCUGAACUUCCUGUUUAUGGAUCCAAGACGCUGGCCGUCAGAGAGGGCGUCUUAGACCUCCAUGGUAUUCCCGUUCCCGUCACCUGGACACGCCUCGCCCAGACCGCCGCCAACGGCUCCGCCACGCUGACGCUGAUGGAGGCCGUGACCUGGAAGCCCGGAGAGGAGGUAGUCAUCGCCUCCACCGGCCACCGGCACAGCCAGAGAGAGAACGAGGUGAGAACCAUCGCCGCCGUGUCAGCCGGCGGAAGAACUCUGACCCUGACCGAGCCGCUGACCUUCUCCCAUCUGGGCGUGUCCGCCACGCUGCCCGACGGCGCUGUGUUUGAGGCCCGGGCCGAGGUGGGCCUCCUCACUAGGAACAUCGUGGUCCGAGGUUCCCAGAACCUCGACUGGAGCGACAAGGUGGAAGCGUGUCCCGACGGCUUCAACACAGGUGAAUUUGCCACGCAGACGUGUUUCCAGGGCAGGUUUGGAGAGGAAAUCGGCAGCGAUCAGUUUGGUGGUUGCAUCAUGUUCCAUGCUCCAAGGCCAGGAGAGAACCUCGCUCUGGGCAGACUGGAGUAUGUUGAGAUCUUCCACGCCGGUCAGGCCUUCAGGCUCGGUCGAUACCCCAUCCACUGGCAUCUGAUGGGCGACAUCAACUUCAAAUCGUACGUCCGGGGCUGCGCUAUCCACCAGACCUUCAACAGGGCUGUGACCAUCCACAACACCCAUCGGCUGCUGGUGGAGCACAACGUCAUCUACGACAUAAUGGGCGGAGCCUUCUUCAUCGAGGACGGCAUCGAGACGGAGAACAUUCUGCAGUACAACCUGGCCGUGUUCGUCAAACAGAGCACCAGCCUCCUGAACGAUGACGUCACCCCUGCUGCCUACUGGGUCACCAAUCCCAACAACAUCAUCCGGCACAACGCCGCAGCAGGAGGGACCCACUUCGGUUUCUGGUACCGCAUGCACAAUAACCCCGACGGCCCGUCGUACGACCCAAGCAUCUGCCAGAAGAGGGUUCCCCUCGGCGAGUUCUCCAACAACACGGUGCACUCCCAGGGAUGGUUUGGUCUCUGGAUCUUUCAAGAAUUCUUCCCCAUGAAAGACGGACACUGCACCUCCACCACCCCAGAACCCGCUGUCUUCCACUCCCUGACCACCUGGAACUGCGAGAAAGGCGCCGAGUGGGUGAACGUCGGCGCCGUGCAGUUCAACAACUUCAUCAUGGUCAACAACGAGAAGGCCGGCAUUGAGGCCAAGCGCAUCUUCCCGUGGGCUGUGAGUGGCUUUGGGGAGGACGGCGGCGCCACGGUCUCCAACAGCACCAUCGUAGCCCACGUGGAUGAACUCGGCCUCGGCAGUGAUUACUGCACGCACCGGGGCGUCAUCACGCCGUUUGAUGACGGCAUGAGCGUCUUCAAUACCCAGUUUGUCAACUUUAACCGCAGCAACUGCACGGCCAUCGGAGUGACCUCCAUCGAUGGGACUUGUACAGAUCGCUGCGGCGGCUGGGCCGUCAGGUUCGCCGGGAUUCAGUACAGAAACUCCCCCAACAAGGCCGGAUUCAGGUGGGAGCAUGAAGUCCAGCUGGUGGACACAGACGGCUCCCUCACAGGAAACGUAGACCAUAAGGUGGUGCCGAUGAGCAGCCUGCUGGACCCGGCCCACUGUUCCCACAGCACCGAGUGGAGCGUGGGUUUCCCCGCAGCCGUCUGUGACCACACCGUCAACUUCCAUCGCCUGGCGUUCAACAACCCCACUCCGACCUCUCUGCAGGCCAAAGAUGUCAUCCUGACCAACUCGCAUGGCAGCAGCGUGGUUCCUUUCCUGAAGAAGAGGAUGACCCAUAAGUUCGGCUGGAUGGCGCUGCUGCCGUCCGGACAGACGUACAACUGGCACUUCCACAACGCCGACCACAUCACCAACAUCACCUACGACGCCAAGUUCUACGGCUUCAAGUCGGAUCAGUUCGUCAUCAUCAGACACAACUUCACCCAGACUCCCGACAGCUUCCACAUCCUGGACCACAGGAACGGCUCCUCCACGCCGCUGAGCUUCAGCAGCAACGACAACGGAGACUGGUUCUUCAACAAGACCACCAACCACCUCUUCUACCUCAUUUCUGGGAAGACGAGCGGGCGUCGGCGCCGCAGCAGCGUAGAUCGCUCCAUGACAGACGUUGCAACGAACCUGGCCGUCCGUCGCUGCUUCUUCCAUCAGUGCGUGGCUCCGGCCCCGCCCACUCCGGCUCCCGUCCCCGGCCGCCGACCCAACGACUUCCUUCUGUGGUCUGAUGCUUCAUUCUGGAAAAGUUCUGCGGAGAACAACUUCACUGUGCCAGCAGAUGGCGCUGAUGUGGUCAUCCCUUCAGGGAAGUGGGUCGUUCUGGACCGGGACACGCCGUCCCUCGGCAGGCUCACCGUCUCCGGGGUUCUGGAGGUUCUGGACUCCCCGAACAGAACCCUGGCGAUCGACGCCGUCUACGUCUCCAUUCAGGGCGGCCGGCUGCUGGCCGGGUCGGACCGGGAGCCGUUCCAGGGUCGGCUGGAGGUCCGGCUCCGAGGGAACCACGACUCGCCCGACUGGCUGCUGCCCGGCGGAACCAACCAGGGAUCCAAGGUCCUGGGUGUGUUCGGUACUUUGGACCUGUACGGUCGGCCUCCAGGCGUUUACCACACCAAGCUGGCCGCCGCCGCCGCCGCCGGGUCCAACUCGCUGGUUCUGCUGCGGCCCGUCGACUGGAAGGUUGGAGACCAGGUUGUCGUCUCCACCUCCAGCUACAGAGCCUCGGAGACGGAGAAACGUCGGAUCGCGGCCGUUUCAGCCGACGGCCUCGUCCUGACCCUGAACCGACCGUUGGACCACACUCACUUGGGUGGAACCCACUCUGUACCCGGGUCGUCCUACUCCUACACUCUGGCGGCGGAUGUUGGCCUCCUGAGCCGGAACAUCCGGAUCAUCGGCGAGGAGUAUCCGGCCAUGAUGGAGGAGUCCUUUGGUGCUCGGCUGCUGGUAGGAACUUUCUCCAGCGGCGGAGUCAGCUAUCGAGGUAAAGCCCAGAUCAGGAAUGUGGAGUUCUUCCGCUCCGGCCAGGAAGGCUGGACCGACUACUUCGACCCGCGGUACUCUGUGGCUUUCCUCAACCUGGGAGAGGUUUCGGGGAACGACUCGUAUAUCCAGGGCUGUGCCUUCCAUGACGGUUUCUCUCCGGCCAUCGGCGUCUUCGGGACGGCGGGUCUGAGCAUCGACGAUAACGUUGUCCAUCACACGGUGGGCGAAGGAAUCCGCGUUUGGGGCGAUCGGAUCGUGCUGAGGAGGAACCUGGUGAUGAUGUCUCUGUGGCCCGGAUCGUAUCAGGACAGAGAGGAACCCUUCAACUUCCAGUGGAACGCUGCCAUCGAGGUGAGCCCGGGCUCUGGUGUGGUGCUGCAGAACAACAUCGUGGCGGGAUAUGAGAGGGUGGCAUAUCGGAUCGAUGGCGAGCCUUGCCCAGGCUUCCAGAACCCGAACGAGGCCUGGGUCCAGAAUGAGGCCCACGGCGGUCCGUAUGGAGUCUACCUCAACAAGGACGGCCUGGCUGGCUGCAGCUUCAUCCAGGGAUUCUUCGUCUGGAAGGCCUUUGACUUCGCCAUCUACUUCCAGGUCAUCAUGGAUGUGGUGGUUUCCAACGUGACGCUGGUGGACAACGGGAUGGGCAUCAUGCCCCUGGUUUUUGCCCCGCCCUCUCUGUCUCAUGCCUAUGCAGAUAAGUCUGUGCACGUUCAGAACUCCCUGAUCGUGGGCAGCAGCCCGGCCUUUAACUGCUCCGACACGUUGAGCUCCGACGACUUCAACGUCGCCACCACGUCUCUCCACCGAGCGCCCAGACCGCCGCAAGGAGGUCGAUCCGGAAUCUGCUGGCCGACCUUCCAGUCCGGACACAACACGGCUCCGGCCAAACCGCAUCACCUGAACAUGAACUACAACGCCAUCAAAGGCCUGAUGACGGUCACAGACACGACCUUCGUCGGUUUCCGUGGCGUCUGCUCCGGAGAGAGGAACUACGCGUUCAUGACCAACCCGCUGAACGAGGACCUGCAGCACCCCCUGCAGGUUUCGGCCGUGAGGAUGCUGGACAGCACCGAGGACGCCCAGGUCUUCAUUCACCGCCCCGAUGUGAGCAAAGCGAACCCGGCUGACUGUGUGGACAUGGACUGCGAUGCCAAGAAGAAGAGUUUGUUGAAGGACUUGGACGGCUCGUUCCUGGGCGCGGUGGGGAGCGUGGUGCCGCAGUCCGAGUUCGAGUGGGGAGGAGACCCCCGCCGGGGGCUGGGCGACCACCGCAUUCCCAAAGUCAUGCUGACGUUCCCGAACGGCAGCCGGAUCCCCGUGGAGCAGGUAGCGCCUCGGAAAGGGAUCAUCAGGAAAAACUGCACCUACAUGAGCUCCUGGCAGAGCUACAAGUGCUUCGGCCUGAACUACCGGAUGGUGGCGAUCGAGAGCCUGGACUCGGACACGGAGACCCGCCGCCUGUCCCCGGUGGCCGUGCUGGGGGACGGCUUCGUGGAUCUGAUUAACGGCCCUCAGGAUCACGGUUGGUGUGCGGGAUACACCUGCCAGCGCCGAGUGUCUCUGUUCCACAGCAUCAUGGCCGCCGGACUGGCCUUCGACGUCUACUUCACCAGCGUCAGCCCGCAGAAGCUCCGCCUCCUGAUGCUCAACUCCGACCCGUCUGAGAGCGUCCUGCUGUCCGUCUUCUACUCCAACCCUCAGCGGCUGGACGUCUACGUGGAGAACCGGCUGGUCGCCCCGAGCAACGCCGUGUGGAACGCCGACGGGUCCGACUAUGUCCUGAGGGCGCCGGCGUACAGAGGCGAGUUCGUCCCUCAGAUGAACGCCUCCAUGGGAACCAACUUCUUCGACCAGGACUACAAGAUGCUGAAGGUUCUGCUGAGAGGUUCCGGUCCGCUGGAGAUCAGGACCGCCCCGGUUCUGGUUCUGGCCUUCAACAUGCCCGCCCUCACCGAGGACCAGUUCUUUGGAGACAGCCUGGUCCAGAACCUGGCUCUGUUCCUCAGAGUUCCCGCCAACAUGAUCUCGUGUGAGGGGGCGGGGCGGCGGGGGGGGAGGCGCCAGGGCGCAGGAAACCUGAUGGUGGAGGUGGAGGUCCGGAAACCUCCGGUCCAGCAAAGCGCCAACGGCACCGAGGGUGAGGAAGACUUCGAGCUGCUGAAGAACAUCGCAGACGAUCUGGGUCGGGCGGCGCUUUCCGGGAACCUCAGCCAGUCCAUCGGCUUCAACGUCUCCUCCGUGGGAAUCGUCCCGCCCCCGCCCGCGUCUUCGGACCCCCUCUGGAGCCAGGUGGCAGCAGAGGACGCGUCCAGAGAGGAACCCGAGGCGAGCUACGUGGCGAGCGUGUCGCGGCUGGUUCUGAUCCGGGAUCCGGUGGCCGGAGAGGCGGUGGGUCCGCUGCUCCAGCAGCCGGUUCUGAUGGCCGUGGAUGACCAGGGUAACUGCGUCUCGGUGGGUGUGACCUCGCUCACCGUGACGGCCGGCCUGAAGAACGCCAGCGGCGCCCCGGUGGGAGGCCUGGACGGGAACGCCACCAUCCGCUUCAGCAGCUGCUGGGCCAACUUCAGCGACCUCUCCAUCCUGACCAGCGGGGAGAACCUGACAAUGGUCUUCACUCUGAAGGACUGGAGCGCCCAGUCCAGAACCUUCUCUGUGGUGGACGUCCCGCCCUCUACCGCCACCGGGGGGCCGCCCUCUACCGCCACCGGGGGGCCGCCCUCUACCGCCACCGGGGGGCCGCCCUCUACCGCCACCGGGGGGCCGCCCUCUACCGCCACCGGGGGCCCGCCCUCUACCGCCACCGGGGGCCCGCCCUCUACCGCCACCGGGGGCCCGCCCUCUACCGCCACCGGGGGGCCGCCCUCUACCGCCACCGGGGGCCCGCCCUCUACCGCCACCGGGGGGCCGCCCUCUACCGCCACCGGGGGCCCGCCCUCUACCGCCACCGGGGGGCCGCCCUCUACCGCCACCGGGGGCGACAGCGUGUUCAGCUCCGCCUCGGCUGCGUCUGCAGGCGGUCUGUGUCUGAUCAGCGUUAUCUAUGAAGUGGCCUGCUGCUCCACCAGCCUCACCCUCUGCUAGAGCGCCCUCUGCUGGUCAUCAAUGUGUUUCCUUUGGGUUUCUCGUGUCCCGUAGAUCAACCUUAUAACAGGUUCUGAUCCAGUUUAGUCCCAGAACUCCUGAAAUUUUUAAGUUGUUUUCUUUGUUUCUUGUUUACGGCUUAAAAUAAAGAAACUGACAGAAAAUCUGAAGUCAAAGCUGCAAUAAGAUGAGGAACAAACCUCCGUAUGUAAUCAGUGAUUCUCAAGGAAGAAAUGAAGUUUAAACUGUUUGAUUGUUUCAGAUGAAAUAAAGUCUUGCAUAACUCUG